AUGUUCGCAUUUUGGCGUUUGGUUAUAUUCCUGAUUUCUACUGUUAUUUCAACGGUGAUCCUUGCUAUUUUGAUUAGCGGUUCCGCUAUUAAUAACACAGUUAGUUCUAGUCUUCCUCCUCUGGACCUAAAAAGCAUUCCUCCAGCUGAUACAAUAAUACCAGCCAUAAUAGAACAAGGAAAUGCAGCUGAUUUUAACUUUAAUCCCAACACUUCUACUCCAACGUCCACUUCCACACCUACUUCAACAUCUACUUCAACAUCUACUUCAAAACCUGCUUUAACACCUACUUUAACACCUACCACUUCAAAAUCAAAAUCCUCUACUACUUCAAAACCUACUACACGAAAAACUACUAAUACAUCAUUAAAUUUAUUGCCAUCUGAAAUAAUGGAAAUGGUUCCAGUAUCAUUAUUUUCAUCUGAAAAUUCAACUGAAAGUUGUUUAUCUUUUGCACGAAAUUGUAGAGACAUUCAAUGUGCUUUUAAAAAUUUCAAAGUAUCUUGCAAUAAUACUCUUGGACCUAUGUGUGCAUGUGUUACAAGCAGUUCUACAUCAAUACGCGAAAAAAUAAAUUCAUUUGCAUUAAUCAUUUCAUUAAUUAUAUCUUUGUGGGCUGGGUUACAGCGAAUUUAUCAGACGAUAGUAAGAUGGAAAAUUAUAAGUUGGAAUAUCGUCAAACCAGAACCACAAACCCCGCAAAAUGCAGGAAUGUCAAUAUUAAAAACUGACGGUCAAGAAAAGAUUAUUGAAAGUUCUAUUGAUUUCCGAAGGGAUCAAGGAGAAAGUCACUAUUUCCCUUCAUCUGUGAAAUCCAAGGAAGUUUAUAAUGCAAUUAUUCUUCACUAUGAUAAUUCAGAAUCAAAACAUCAGAUCUAA